GCAAAGAACACACGUGGUUUCGUAGUAAGAAGUUGAACCGGGAGUGUGCCGACUUGUGGUCAAUUUAUAACGCAGUUUUAGUCGUCAAAAACUACCAUUCACUAUUAACUGCUGAAAUAACAGUUCUUUCAUCAUGAGUGAAAAUUUAUGCUACAAGUGUAACAAACCAGGCCACUUUGCCCGGGAAUGUGGAAGUGAAGAUGGAGGCGGUCGCAGAGAUGGUGGUUACCGCAGAGAUGGUGGUGGUGGUGGCCGAUCAUUCGGUGGAUACAGAUCAGGUGGUGGAGGAGGAGGAGGAGGAGGUUCCUGCUACAACUGUGGUGAGCAAGGUCACAUGAGCCGUGACUGCACAAAGGAAAAGAAACCCCAGACAUGCUACAACUGUGGUGAACCAGACCAUAUUUCAAGAGAUUGCCCCAAUGGUCGCAGUGGAGGCAGAGGUGGUGGCGGUGGUGGUGGUGAUAAUCGCAGCUGUUACAACUGUGGUGAAUCUGGCCAUCUUGCUAGAGAUUGUCCAAGUGGCAACAGAGGAGGCGGUGGUCGUGGUGGUGGUGAUAGAGAAUGCUACAAAUGUGGAGAGACCGGGCAUAUUGCAAAAGAUUGCUCCCAGGGUGGAGGAGGCGGCCGUCGUAACGAUAGCAAGUGCUAUUCUUGUGGAGGGUAUGGGCAUAUAG